GAUGCAGAUCUAGCAUCACAAGUAGCCUCACAUACACUGCUGUGCAACCUCAAAAGCAGAGUUGCAACACUGGAAGGAGAGAUGCAGUAGGAUAAAGCACCUUAGCCUGUUCCUUUAACCUCACUGCUCAGUCUUUUCUGCAUACCUGUCAUCUUAUUUGCUUUUUAACCCUUUGCAUCUCUCAUUUGAUUUGUUCACCUCUUUCUUUUCUUCUUCAUUUCUAUCCCAUCUGCACCUUCAAAGACCAGUCAGUGAAAGAUGAAAGGUUUAGUGACAGAGAGGAUGAUCGCUGGGCUCCUCCUGCUAUGUACCAGUAUUUUUGCCUUUUCUCAAAGACCUGUCCUCACUGAUCAUUUUUUGGUUGAGUUACAUGAAGGGGGAGAAGAGAUGGCCAACCAACUUGCAGAGGAAUAUGGCUUCAGUGGGUCCAGGAAGCUACCAUUUGCUGAUAAUUUACAUCAUUUCUUUGGGAGUGGACCACCAAAAUCUAGGAGAAGACGCAGUGUCAAAAACAGGGAGCAUCUGGAAAUUCAUCCAAAGGUAAAGAAUGUUAUUCAACAAGAGGGAUUUGAUAGAAAAAAACGAGGAUACAGAGAAAUCAAUGAUAUUGAUAUAAACAUGAACGAUCCAUUAUUUACAAAACAGUGGUAUCUGAUCAAUACAGGCCAAGCAGAUGGGACUCCCGGACUUGAUUUGAAUGUAGCUGAAGCUUGGGAGCUGGGAUAUACAGGGAACGGAGUCACUAUAGCAAUUAUGGAUGAUGGGAUUGAUUACCUGCACCCAGAUCUUGCCUCAAACUAUAAUGCAGAGGCAAGCUAUGAUUUUAGCAGUAAUGACCCUUUCCCAUACCCCCGGUAUACAGAUGACUGGUUUAACAGCCAUGGGACACGCUGUGCAGGAGAAGUAUCAGCUGCGGCAAAUAAUAAUAUCUGUGGUGUUGGAGUGGCUUAUAACUCAAAAGUUGCAGGAAUACGCAUGUUGGACCAGCCAUUCAUGACAGAUAUUAUUGAAGCCUCAUCAAUCAGUCAUAUGCCACAAGUUAUAGAUAUAUACAGUGCCAGCUGGGGGCCUACAGAUGAUGGUAAAACAGUGGAUGGACCAAGAGAACUGACUUUACAAGCCAUGGCAGAUGGUGUUAACAAGGGCCGAGGAGGAAAGGGAAGUAUUUAUGUCUGGGCGUCUGGCGAUGGGGGAAGUUACGAUGACUGCAACUGCGAUGGUUAUGCUUCAAGCAUGUGGACGAUCUCGAUUAACUCGGCCAUUAAUGAUGGUCGGACUGCACUUUACGAUGAAAGCUGCUCCUCCACACUGGCUUCCACAUUCAGCAAUGGAAGAAAAAGUAAUCCCGAAGCUGGCGUGGCAACAACAGAUUUAUAUGGGAACUGUACUUUGCGUCACUCUGGAACAUCUGCAGCCGCACCGGAAGCAGCUGGCGUGUUCGCUUUAGCCCUGGAGGCCAACCCAGGUCUAACUUGGAGGGAUUUGCAGCACCUUACAGUACUUACAUCCAAAAGGAACCAACUCCAUGAUGAAGUUCACAAGUGGCGAAGGAAUGGAGUUGGCUUAGAAUUCAAUCACUUGUUUGGUUAUGGUGUUCUGGAUGCUGGCUCUAUGGUUAAAAUGGCGAAAGAAUGGAAAACUGUUCCUGAGAGGUUUCAUUGCAUAGGAGGAUCAAUACAGGAGCCAAGGAAAAUUCCUUCCAAUGGAAAGCUGAUUCUAACACUUACUACUGAUGCCUGUGAAGGGAAGGAAAACUUUGUCCGUUAUCUUGAACAUGUUCAAGCAGUUAUCACUGUGAAUGCUACAAGGAGAGGAGACUUGAACCUCAACAUGACUUCACCUAUGGGAACCAAGUCUAUCUUAUUGAGUCGUCGUCCAAGGGAUGACGACUCUAAGGUGGGCUUUGAUAAAUGGCCAUUUAUGACAACACAUACAUGGGGAGAGGACCCAAGGGGUACUUGGGUUCUUGAAAUCGGGUUUGCUGGGAGUGUUCCUGAGAGAGGUGUUUUAAAAGAAUGGACACUGAUGCUGCAUGGGACUCAAAGUGCCCCAUAUAUAGACCAAAUUGUUAGAGAUUACCAGUCAAAAUUAGCUAUGUCUAAGAAAAAAGAGCUAGAAGAAGAGCUUGAUGAAGCUGUUGAAAGAAGUCUCAAAAGUCUAUUAAGUAAAAACUAGCACUCUCCUGCAUGUUUGUCUAAUGUUUUUCUCUCCAGUUUUUUUGCAUAACUUUCUAACACCUAAAAGUCUGUAUUAGAUAUAAUUGUCUCUCUGUAUGUUAAAUUUUAAAACUUUAUAGCCAUCUAUUCCUUUGUUAGGAAUAAAAAAAAUCUAUAUAUUUUUUACAGAAUAAACCCCUAAUACAUUUUAUUGAAAAUAAAGAUGUACAGCAUAUAUGUGCCCAACUAUGUACCUAUGUAAACAGGCUGGGGUCCAUUGCGCACAGCCCUAGGGAAUUAAAAGUUAUAAAGAAUAUUUUUCAUAUUGAUAUUAUUUUAAAUCUAUAUAAAAAUAAGCAGGGUCGUCUUUGAUCAUAGCUGGCUCUGAGGUUGUUUCUGGAGGUGUAGUGUGACGGAGGUGAUGCACUUCGCAUCCACUGGCACAGACUUCUAGACUACUAAUUCCUCAUUGGGGGUCUCUGCACCUUCUGAUGCAGAACUUCUGGAUAUCAUGUCUUAUCCUGGAACGUUGUAGCAUCAGACCAAACAUAGAAUGCCAAGGGGGAAUCUAGAGUGUAGACUAUCAGCUAUUUAUUACUUCUUACAGACCCAAGUAGGGGUAAGCCAGGCACUGGGGCAGUUGCCUCUUUUGCCUUGCUUUAAGCAGACCUCAAAAUUAUUAGGGAAUAUAUCCUGGAAAAAUACCAUGUUGUGUUACCUAGUCAGAUGUUGUAGCAAUUAUAAAGGCCAGAUCUAUGCACACAAGAAAUAA